AUGUUAAACCAACUACAACAAGACUUUGCCACACAAGGGGAGAAAAAGAAGGAGAAUGAUGAAGAAAAGGACGAGGAAGAUUUUGAGGUGAACACUGAGGAUGGGAAGGGAGACAAUGUUGAUGGACAGGAGGAAGACAUUGUUGGGCUCUUGGAGAAAAACAAUGUUGGGGAGGACAAUGAAAAUGAAGAUCAUGAUUUGUUGAACGAAAAAAAUAUUGAGGAUGGGCCGUUGUUGGAGAUGGACAAUGAUGGGCCGUUGUUGGAGAUGGACAAUGAUGGGCCGUUGUUGGAGAUGGACAAUGAUGGGCCGUUGUUGGAGAUGGACAAUGAUGGGCCGUUGUUGGAGAUGGACAAUGAUGGGCCGUUGUUGGAGAUGGACAAUGUUGGGAGUUUGGAGGAGAAGACAUAUGAAGAUGGUGAAUUGAAUAUUGAGGAUGGGCCGUUGUUGGAGAUGGACAAUGUUGGGACUUUGGAGGAGAAGACAGAUGAAGAUGGUGGGAAUGUUGAGGAAGCUGUGGAGGAGCAGAUGGAGAAGCAGGUGGAGGAGCAGAGAAAGAGGACAGCGUCGAAAGCUGUACUUAGUCCCUACAUCGUCCCUCGUCCAAGAAAGAAGACGAUUGUUGUCGAUCCUAUGUCGACUUGUAAUGAGCAACUGAAGAAAGAGUUCAAGAAAGAAUUUGCGAAAGGGGCUAAAUUUAAAGACAUCCAACUCUCUGAUGGCACUGGAGACCUUAAGUUCUUCACUACACCCUGA